AUGUCUUGGAAUUCUACUGAUGGUUCACGACUUAGUAAUUAUUCAAGUUAUCCUUUUUAUUACAAAUCAAUUAUUGAAUUAAAAACAAGUGAAUUAAAGAAGAAAGAUUUCGAUCAAAUAGCCAGUUAUUCCACUUCUAUAUUACGUUAUUCUCCUGGUCGAAAAUUCAUCAUAGGUUGUUUAGCAAAUUUUGAAGAAACAAAGUUAAGCAUGGUUUUAUAUGAUGAUACAUUAAAUCAGAUCAAGUAUAUAACACAAACUAGAAUUACACAACUCACUGAUCUACAAAUAUUAACAUUAUUUUUAAGUUUAUCAGCUACUCAAUUAGUUUAUAAUGAUAAAUUUAUAAAUAUACUUUCAAAUAAAAAGAUAACAUUUUUACAUUAUUUGGGACGUGGUAGUUCGUCGUUUGUGUUCUAUUCUGAAGCUCAACAAGAACAACGGACAAAAUUUGUUUUAAAAAUCUCAAGACAAAAUUGUUCUAAAGAAAAAUUUAUAAUUGAAGAAAUGAACAAAAUAAAACCCAAAAAUAUGAAUUUAAUUCAAUGUAUGGAUAUGGAUUUUGAUGAUGAAAAUGCUGAUUAUUUAAUUGCAUUUAAUUUACGUGGAGUUAAACUUGAUGGAAUAUUCAUACAACGUUUUUUAGAUAAUACACAAUUAUUGAUUAAUACUUGGAAACAAGCUAAUUUAUGUUAUAUACAUAGUGACAUUCGAAUUGGAAAUACGAUAAUGAAUGAUAAUAUGUUAUAUAUCAACGAUUAUAGUAGUGCUGUACAACCAAAAACCCCAAAUUAUUAUCAAGGGUGUUUAUCUACAGCAUCAAAUAGUAUACUAAAAAUUUUACAAUCAAAUAAUGAAAAAAUAUCAUUGUAUUAUACUGAUGAUGGAAUUUCGUUUUUAAAAAGUAUAUUAUUAUUAAAACCUUAUUUUCAACAUUAUACAUCAAAUAUUUUAAAAGCAAUUGCAGAUAAUGAGACAUGUGAUAUUCUACUAAUUUAUGAAUAUACAAUGAAAUUAUUUAAGGAUAAAAAUAUUAUUAAAACACUUGCAUUUUUAGAAGAAGAUAGAGAAAUAUUAUCCAUCGAUGAUUUAAAUGAUAUAAUAAUACGUGCAUUAGAAACUGAAAAAACAGAUGACUAUCAUAUUGAUGAAUAUUUACAAAAGUUGAAGUUAUAA